UCAAGCACGCACUCUCUCAGCGCUGUCAGUCUCGUGAAAGCAACGCAGAAGACUGGACUCAACGGAGAAUCCGCUGAAGCAAUAAAAUAAUGUAACUGCUCGCCAUUUAAACUGGAAACUGGAGUUACUGGCUUUCUCGAGUGACAAGGACAGAGCAUACAUCUCCCUUCAAUCCAUGACCCAAACGAAGUAUUUACAACGAACAUGGUGAGUGGCCUUUCACGCAGCCUGUGAAUAUGGACUAGUUUAAGCGGAGUCUUGUACCUACGCGCAGUCUGUGGUGCAGAGCAGACCUGCCAGCGACAUGUCCCAGGCUCAGGUGGACAUGGCCGGACUCGGCUUCCCCCCGUUCCCCCCGACCCGGGACACGACGGACUCUUUAAACUCUUUCUUUCCCGCUCGCCUGCCGCCCAGGCGGCGGAGACACUCGGCUAGUUCGCGCAGAAGCAGCGGCUACCGGAGGAGCAAAGCCGCCGUCGAGAGCGCAGCAGCCGGCCAGCUCAGCAAAACGCUCUCGUGGUCCGCCGACAACAUCUGCGAGGAUAAGAAGGAGCGCAAGCCGCUCACGAGCUCCAGUUCCACCUCGAAUUCGAAUUCGAAUUCAGCCUCGACCUCGACCUCGAAUUCAAACUCUAACUCGAAUUCGAGCUCGAACUCCAACUCAAACCUGAAUUUGAAUUCAAACUCUAAUUCGACUCCGAACUCUAGGGAUUCCCAGUCUGCGAGCGCGAGGGCACCGGAGGACGGCAGCACGGAUUCUGAGGAGGGCAGGAGGAGCAGCAGGAGGAAGGAGGAGGCGUGUGAGAGCGAGCGGGAGCGCGAGAAGGAGGAUGAGGUGGAGACCAAGGCAGUGGCAACAUCACCGGACGGUCGCUUCCUCAAGUUCAACGUGGAGAUCGGACGCGGCUCGUUCAAGACCGUGUACAAGGGCCUGGACACGGAGACCACGGUGGAGGUGGCGUGGUGUGAGCUGCAGACACGGAGGCUGACCAAGGCAGAGCGGCAACGCUUCAGUGAGGAGGUGGAGAUGCUGAAGGGGUUGCAGCAUCCCAACAUUGUCCGCUUCUAUGAUUCCUGGAAGUCCACUGUCAAAGGCCACAAAUGCAUUAUCCUCGUUACUGAGCUCAUGACGUCAGGAACCCUCAAGACAUACUUAAAAAGAUUUAAAGAGAUGAAGCUGAAGCUUCUCCAACGCUGGAGUCACCAGAUCCUGAAAGGCCUUCACUUCCUGCACACACGAGCCCCACCAAUCAUCCACCGAGACCUCAAGUGUGACAACAUCUUCAUAACAGGUCCCACUGGCUCGGUCAAGAUUGGCGAUUUAGGUCUGGCUACACUCAAGAGUGCCUCUUUUGCCAAAAGUGUCAUAGGCACCCCUGAAUUCAUGGCUCCAGAGAUGUAUGAGGAAAAGUAUGACGAGGCAGUGGAUGUAUAUGCCUUCGGGAUGUGUAUCCUGGAGAUGACCACAUCCGAAUACCCCUAUUCAGAGUGCCAAAACGCAGCCCAAAUCUAUCGGAAAGUCACCAGCGGCAUGAAGCCAGACAGCUUUUUCAAAGUGAGAGUGCCUGAGCUGAAGGAGAUCAUAGAGGGCUGCAUCCGCAUGAACAAGGCCGAAAGGUACACAAUACAGGACCUGUUAGAACACCCCUUCUUCCAGGAGAAUAAUGGUGUCCAUGUGGAGCUGGCUGAGGAGGAUGACAUGGUGAAGUCUGGGCUGAAGCUCUGGCUCCGGAUGGACGACACCAAGAAGCUCCACGGCAAGUACAAGGACAACAACGCCAUUGAGUUCCUGUUUGAACUCUACAAGGAUGUGCCAGAGGAAGUGGCACAGGAGAUGGUGGUGCUUGGCUUUGUCUGCGAUGCUGACUACAAACUGGUGGCCAAAGCCAUCCGUGACCGUGUCACUGCCAUCAAACGCCAGCGAGAGAAACUCCGACGGCUGGCUGAGGAGCAGCAGAGGAGACAGAAGGAGGAGGUGAUUGAGGAGGAACCCGAGCCCGUACCCGAGACAGAACCUCCUGCCCCCAAUCCACCACCUCUGGAGCCCCAGCCCUCACCCCAGAUCCCUGUAUCCACUUCAGCCCAAACACCUCCCACCGUGACUGUCUCUGGCCCAGUACCGUCUACAACAAAUAGUUCUAUGGACUCUGGAAUUAACGCCAGCUUCACCACAGAGCCGGAGGACCCAGAAGCAGAGCAGCAGCAGCACUACAACAUCCGCCAUGCCAGCUACUCCUCAGCUACGUCGGACGGUGAGACAGACGGCUACCUCAGCUCCUCUGGACUUCAAGAUGCAUCAGAAGGCCCCUCCCCCAUGAUAAGCUCCACCUCCUCACCCACAGCAGUAGCCAGUGAGACAGCACAAAUCGAAGUCCCAGCUGCUGAAACUGCACCUACAGAAGCUCUAUCUGUUCAGACUAUACCAGUCCCAGCCCUCCGCUUCCCCUCGAGCAUUGCUGUGUCCCAAAAUACUGAGCGAGUCCAAUCUAGUGGUGCCAGUGGUUUCUCUUCUCCGGUCGACAGUUAUGCCUCUGAUGUUACAUCUGGCUUGAGUGAUGGUAAUGAGGGUCUAUCAGAAAUGAGCCCCAAAGGUCCCAACAAACGCACAGGAAGUAAAUUGCUGAGGAAAAGAGCUCGCUCCCGACUCCGAAUCACAGGGCUGUCAGACAAAGUGGACAGGGUGGUGGAGUGUCAGCUUCAAACACACAACAGUAAGAUGGUGACAUUCAAAUUCGAUCUUGAUGGUGACAACCCAGAGGACAUUGCUGCGGUCAUGGCAAACAAUGAGUUCAUCUUGCCAGCAGAGAAGGAGGGUUUUCUCCACCGUAUGAGGGACAUCAUCCGCCGAGCUGAGGCCCUGAUGAGGAGGGAGCCACUGGGGCCGCUGGAGUCCGGGGAGUCCACUUGCCUGCCCUACCUGAGCGGAGCUGGAACGCUAUCAGCCUCCCAACCCAACCUGCACACACAGGGACUGUCACGCACACACUCCUCCUCAUCCCUACCAGAUUACACUGCAGCCAGUGUGGGUCAGGUGACCCAGGGUUCCUCUCCUGGAGUGAGCGGAGACUAUUACCUUGAUCCCGAUGCAGCUGUUCCAGUGCGUCCACUCCGCUCGCAGUCUUUCCACACCUCAGAUUACACAGCAGCAAAUCCAGGCCAGGUGCCCCGUGGCUCCUCUCCUGCAUUUGGGGGAGAUCUCUACCUCGACCCUGAUGCAGGACCACCUGUCCGCCCACUUCGCUCUCAAUCCUUCCACACCUCAGGCUCGUCCCAGCCCUACCGUCCACCUGCCUCUCAAUAUCCACAAUAUCCCAAUCCAGACUCUCUGCCUGUUCUGCUUCCUAACCAGUUACCUGCCAUGCCCCCUCAGUUCCCCAAUCCACCAUAUAUGCCAAACUCCCCCUACCCCUACCCAUACCUUGUCAAUACAACGCCCCUCAAAACCUCAAUUAGCACUCCUCCACUCACCCGAAACCCCAGCAGUUCCAACCAUGCCCCUUAUCCCUCUCCUACUCCUCCAGCCCAGCAAGCAGGUGACAUGGCUCCAACUGACAGUGGUCCUCUGACAUCUCCUGCUGCCCACACUGUGCCUCCAAACGCUCCCACUCCAGGCAUGUGGUCAGCUCAGCAACCUCUCUUGUCCCUGGCCAAUGUGCUGUCACUGGCCAUGAGUGUGGCGCAGUCCUUCAUGCCUCCCACUUCCAUGCCCAGCAAUCUGCCCCAGGGGUACCUCCCCACAAUGGCACAUCAGCCAGGCUACGCACCCAUGUUUGGCACCCAGCAUCCAGCCAUGGGGCAAAAGGAAGCUCCUUAUAGCCAGGGAGGGCCUCUAGCAGGGCACUAUGUGGAUACAUACCAGCAUCGUGAAAGUAAUACACAAGUUCCAGCCCCCAGGCUGGAUCCACAUGAGGAUAGCCAAGGUCGAGCUGCAAACCUGAGCUCAUCUGGUGGAAUACAAGCAAGCAUGCCACCUAGUGCUGCAGUGGUCAGAGGGUUACCCACAGAGGUCAAACAGCCUGUCCCGAGCAGCGCAAAUCCAACUGCAGGAUCCCGGAUGAGCCCCCAAUUGGAGGUCCGUGCAGGGCCCAAAGAGAAACAUCAACAACAAACAGAAAGCUCUUUGCCCUAUAGCUCCACCAACAGCUCUCCUGAGUCCUCCACUUCAGCCAGCCCACAGAAUACAGUGUCUGCAGCCGGCUUCAGAACCUCCUCCACUCUGAGUGUGUCUGAGGUUGCUACCAGCGCAGCCAAAGUGAGACUGUCCCCUAUAACUGAAGAGAAAAAACCUGCCAUCACAGUGGGACGUUUCCAGGUCACUCCCAGCGUCGAGAUCGACACACCUACAACUCCACCGCCCUGCUCCCAAACACCUUCACUGGACACAACCCCCUCCAACAAUAGUCAAUCAGAGAGCAACACUGAGGAGGAGAAGGAGGAGGGGGGUGAAUCAGAGUCCAGCCUUAACACGGUCACUGUGUCUCCACCUAACAAACCACCUUCCGAGCAAUUUAACGACUCCAGCAGCGGCACCCCCUGCUCCCCUGGAAGACCAGGGAACAUGGGGAGUAUGGAGGCAGAGGAGGACGGGGGAGGUGAAGAGGACACCACGGAAGGAGAGGCGAGGCAAAGGAGGAUAAGCCUGAGCCUCUGGGAUGGUUUGACUGGGGGUCCUCAGAUCGGAAAUGUGAACCAACCAUGGAUGAGCUACACGCGCAGCACCUCGUACGCCAGCAGUGAUGAGACAGAGAGCGAGGAUGAGGACAUGUGGGAGGAGCUUCAGGAGCUGCGAGACAGGCACCUGUCUGAGGUGCAGGCUCUACAGGCCUCUCAGAAGCAGGAGAUCGAGGAGCUGUAUGAGCGGAUGGGGAAGGUUCCUCCUCCAGGUAUCGUGUCUCCGGCGGCCAUGCUGUCCAGCCGCCAGCGCCGCCUCUCCAAGAGUGGUGGAUACCCCUCCACCUCUCGCAGGAACAGCCUACAGAGACUCGACAUACUGCCCCCUACAGGUAUAAUGAGGAAUAACUCAGUAAGUGGCAGCAGCAGUGGCUCUCAGGAGCGAGCAGCUAAGGGUGUGACCUUCGCUUCUGACUAUGCCAGAGUGUGAUCUCACAGAAACCCUCCUGUGUUUUCUUGCCUUCCUCAACUGCCCCAGAUGGCCUUCUCCUGGUUAAUAUUGCUACAAACUGUCAGACCUGUUUCGCACAUACUACCUCUGUUUGGCAUUGCUUCCUGUUUUGGCAGCCAUGUGAACAGGCUGUGUUCACACAGCUUGCACCUUGUGUCCCAAUCAUGGAGCAGAAUGCUGAUCACAGGCACCACUUUUUUUGUCAUCUGCAAAAUACACAGAAAUGAAUUCUGAAAACAAAAGUAAGAAAAGCAAAAAAACAGAACUACAUUUCUAUAAUUCAUGACUGUAGUGGUGAACCGUGACUGCUAGAGUUCAUGCCGUAAAUGUCCACUGAAAACAAUGAAAAAACACCUGUACAAUAAUGCAAGUUUCCCUAUGAGAUUUGAGUAAUAUGUUAGCGCUAAGCUAGCAGCAGGUUGCAUGUACUUUACUUGGCAUUCCAUGUUUUAUCUGAAGCUUGUAACAGACAUUAACAUAUAUUCUACCUGGUGUGUAGACGUUUGGUAGUAUCUGCAUUAUGAAGAGCCCUGGUGUAGAGCGGCUGCUGCUGGUGUCUGUUCUUAACGACUGACUGACACCCACUGGUCAGGCUACAGUUAAUUGCAGUCAGUGACAGAUCUAGGAAAUCUAGAAGGUCUAGAUUCUAGAAUGACGUUCUUUCUCAUAAAAUUUGUCCCAUCUACUGGAAAUCACAACAGGAUUGGUUGAUUCCACUGUCUGUAGUACUGUUCUGCAGUAAAUGCUGUAUAUGUGUAUGGCUAACACGUGUGAGCUGUAGCAGUCACUGCCACAUCAUUCGUGUCCUGCAGAGGUAGUCUGUGCGAAACAGGCCUCAGAGUGUGUGAUUUUCGUGGGGCAUCAGCUUGGUCAACAGACAAUGGUGGUACUUGCCAGCCUAGUGAGAUUUCAGUGGAGUGAAUAUCAUUAAGCAGCUUGCUUUCACCUGAUCUUAACCUUAAGCUUGAUUAAAAAAGACCUAACUGGUCACAGAUCUGCAAAAUAAGAAAAUGUUUUUGUUGUGUGCCUGUUUGUCCAGAGCAAUGGAGCCCCCUGCUGGUGUGGACUGAGGUGCAACUCAGUAUAACUGGUGGUUUUUCCAUUGAUUGCCCUUUUUGAAUCAUAAUGAUAACAUUACAUUUUUCUGCACGUUAUCAUGUUUUACCAUAAUAAUGAACAAAUUAAUUAAUUAACAUUAAUUUCUUUUAUCUGCCAAUUAGAAUUUUUGUUAUUUAUUUUAUGGAUCAUAGAACAAAUGCAUCUUCAGCUUUGCGAUUGUUUUGCACAUUUGAAAUUGCACGAAGCAAAUCCAUUUAACUCUAACUACAGAUUUUCUUUUAUUCUUUUUAUUCACUUUCAUUAUUGAAGCAUUUGCCUCUCCUAAAUACAUCGUAUGCAUCAUAAAAACAUCAUAAAUUACAGUAAAACUAAGAAAAUGCCACUGAAAACUGAAAAAUAUUUUGCUGUUAUCAAAACCUCUUUUUUCAGUUUCAAAUACAUUUUUAAAAAUAUCUGUAUAUCUACAAUGCUAGCUGCUCUCUACAUGAUGAAUGGACCAAGAGAAAUUGUGAAAAAUGAUUUGGAAUAAAUAAGAACCGUUUCUCUGUUGCUCUAUAAUGUAAUAAUUUCAGACGUACCCGUUUUUCUCAUAACAGCAAUGAUAUACUAAUUAAAGCUGUAUGCAAAAGUUCGGGUGCCAGUGGUCUAAAUACAUUUUGUUAAUUUUCUAAGUGAAAAUAAGUUAAAUGCAUCGUCUACAGAGAACACACUUCUGCACCUUUUAUUGCACAAUUACUGUUUAGUUGCUGAAUUUAACAUACUGGAAGAAAUAAAAGCAUUAAAUGUGGCCUGUGCGAAGGUUAUAGUAUUAUAUUUUAUGGCAUUAUGUUUUAGGUUUUAAAUGUUAAACUCACAAAAGACACUAACAUUUCCUGAAAUGCCAAAUUUAAGUUCUUUUCACUUAGAAAAUCAAGGAUAGAUCCAGACAAAUAUGAUGCAUUGAUGUGAUUUCAGGUCAGAAACACAUUUUUAGCUGCCUUCUUUCUUACAUUAUAUGGCCAAAUGUUUGUGGACACCUGCUCAUUCAAUGUUUCUUCCAAAAUGAAGAGUAUUACAAAGAUCUUUGUUCAAUCUCUGCUGCACUAACUGUCUCUACUCUUCGGGGAAGGCUUUACAGUAACUGUUGGAAUGUGCUGUGAGUAAUUGAUUACAUUCAGCAGGAACACUGUUGAGAUCAGGUACUGAUGUUGGAUGAUCAGUUCUGGAUCACUCGAACUCAUCUCACAGGUAGUAGUUGGCGCUCCAUCACUCCACAGCUCAGGGGCGGGGGGCUUCAUACUGUGUGUGCAUUUGAACUCCUGUCUCAGCAGUAAGUUCACCUUAAUGCGGCUGAAUUCACUAACAAGAAGAUGUGUCCACAAACUUUUGGACAUGUAGUGUAUGAUCACCUUUAUUAGUCUAUUCUGCCACCUAUGUAUUGUUUCCAGGGCUGAUCGUUUUCUUGUAGAAUGUGAAAUGGAUAUUUUCUUACCACUCACUGAAGUGGUUUCCAUAUUCAUGAACUGACACAAUGCACUUUUCAGCAAGGCGUUCGCCUUUGCGUGCCACAGUCGCUCUGUAUAUAUAAGUGUGAUUUGAUGUAAAAUGCGAUGAACUGUGUAGUGGUUUUUUUUUGUCCCUUGCAUUUAUUUGAAUGCCUGUGCCUAUGCAGUAAGGUCAUGUUAAUGAAUGUGAUAAAGAAAAAAAUGUUGAAAUUGAAACUGUGAUAUUUGAACUAUUGAUGCCUUAAAGUAUCAAGGUUUGGAAAGAUUGCUUAAGACAUAAAUUGUAUUCUUUUAUGAAGCUUGCAGAUGUUUAUAAAAAUAUACAUAUAUUUAGAUAACGAGAGAUAAAAAAGCUGUAUUAUAUUAUGCUAAGAAACAGUGUCGUUCUGCCAUACAUACUUGUGCCUUUCGUUUUCUACCCUAAUGUUAUAAUUCCUGUUUCAGAAGUAAUGAUUGUAAAUAUUGAUAAUAAAAUGUGGAUUUAAACUA